AUGGCAGUAGUAGCACUGCCAUCGCCGCAUCACCACUGUGGCGAGGCUCAGAAGACGACUUCGACUUCGACUUCGACUCGUCGAUGGCUUCCAUGGACCCAGUGGCUGGGCGAGAUGUGGUCGCCUAUGCCUGUCGUUUUGUGGCAUGGUCUAGGUGAUUCAGCAUACUCAGAGUACAUGAAUCAUGCGAAGGAAGAGCUGGAGGCGAUGUACCCUGGCAUCUAUGUGCACAUCAUCGCACUGAAGGAAACGGAGACGGAAGAUCGCUCUGCGACGCUUUUUGGCAACGUCAAUGAACAACUUGAGGCGGUACAUGAACAGUUACGCGCCAUUCCUGAGCUGCGCCAUGGCUUUGAUGCUAUUGGAUUCUCGCAGGGUGGGCAGUUCCUGCGCGGAUAUGUGGAACGAUUCAACACGCCCGCGGUACGCAAUUUGAUUACGUUUGGAUCGCAGCAUAUGGGCAUAACGGACCUGCCGAUAUGCGGUCCCGACGACAAGCUGUGCAAGACCGUGCACCGUGCCCUGCAAUCCAAUGUGUAUUCAGACUUGGUCCAGUCGACCAUUGUCAUUGCUCAGUACUUCCGUGACACACGCAGUGUGGAACAGUUCGAGCAGUACAAGCAGCACAACACCUUUUUGUACGAUAUCAAUAACGAAGGUCCUCUCAAAAAUGUACAAUACAAACGCAAUCUCGCAUCGCUUAACAAGUUCGUUAUGGUUCGAUUCAAUCAGGACGAAACGGUUGUGCCUAGUGAGUCGGCAUGGUUCCGCGCCUAUGAGGACCCUGAUAAGCACCGCUGGAAUCAGACGACCCCUGUGCCAUUACGGGAGAGCGAGAUCUACCUGAAUGACUGGCUCGGUCUAGCGCAGCUGGAUCGACGUGGCGCACUUGAGUUCCAUACGUGCGAUGGCAUUCACAUGCACAUUUCACCGGAGUGCAAAGCCAUGACCAUUGCCAAGUACGUCGGACGGCCACGGACCGGUGAAUGGCUCCAGGUAUGGACCAAGCAUGCAUCACAUUGUCCCCAUUUCAUGGUAGCUGGUGUAUUCAUUGGGGCUAUUCUGUGGGGAGCAUGGCUAUUUCAGCGCCGUGUUCGUCGCCAAGACGCGGCAGCGAUACAGGUGACAGAGCAAAUGUCUAUGAAAUAUUAA